AAAACCGGUAACUACCGGUAGUAUACAAUUAAUUUGGGAUGGCCAAAGCUGCAGCCAACGCGUACUUCGUCGAGGAAGAGUUCGAACUUGCCGUCCAGAAGUACACGGAAGCUCUGAAGGAGUUCCCGACCGAUGCCGACGCAUUGUCGAAGCGCAGCGGCGCGUACUUAAAGCUGAACCAGCUGCAAUCAGCCUUGCACGAUGCUUCAGCGGCAUUGGAGGUGGACUCGAACCUUCGCAUGGCACAUUAUCGUCAAGGAGUCGCUUUGUUUGGUGUGGAGAGGUUCCGCGAAGCGCUCAAGUCGUUUCUCAAGGGAAAGGAGCUGGCAGGCAACCAAGAGAACGUAUUGUCGCGAUUUAAGACGUGGAUUCGUAAAUGCGAGGCCGAAAUCGAAGACUUGGAUGAUGACACGAGCACCCUCGAUACACCCACAGCACACGAUUGCAACAGCCCUGCAUGUGACGCCAUCGUGGUGCGUGCUGCCCCGCUCUUUCGACAUGAGUGGUACCAGAGUUCCACCCAUGUGACAGUGUCUGUGUUUCAAAAGCACUUGAAGCCCGGUGACGUUGUCGUGCACUUCGACACGCAUCAGUGCUUGGUCAAGUUCACGAUCGACGGCACGCAAGUCACGGCGCUGGACUUGCCCUUGUUCGGCGCUAUUGACCCGGUAGAGUCAUCGUUCCGCGUGUCCACCGUCAAAGUCGAGAUCAAGAUGAACAAGGCCGAUGGUGGUCCUUGGGACCAGCUAGAGAGAGCUGCCGUGGCCGCCGUCACUUCUUCUUCAGCGCCAAUCGUACGAGGAGAUGUGCCUGCCAAGCCAUACGCGUCGAAUCGCGAUUGGAACCAAAUCGACAAGAGAUUGACCGAAGAGCUCGAGCAGGAGAAACCCGAAGGCGAGGCGGCGAUGCAAAAGCUAUUUGCCGACAUUUACGCCAAGGCCGACGAGUCCACGCGGCGCGCCAUGAACAAAUCGUUUGUACGACGUUUCCAUUUUUGUUGUCGUCGUCUAUGGAUUCAUGGGAGAAAACUGUAGCAAACGUCGGGCGGCACCGUGUUGUCCACCAACUGGAACGAAGUGGGCACCAAGGACUAUGAGAAGGAACGACCUGUGCCGGACGGCAUGCAGUGGAAGAAGUGGGGAUGAUGAGUCCUCCAGUCGAGCACAUGUGCGUUUCAAGGCGCAUGACUCUUGACCAUGCUUGGCUUACAUAAUAGCACCAACAUAUAUAGCCAUGCAUUGCCUCAAGUAUCAUUAUGCAGUGUCUACCGUAACGUUAUGAAGGGAGUGCAUACAUACAGACACGGUGUCGGACCAUGUUACGCUAAGAGCAAUCGUGUCGAUGUUCAACCGGCCUCUACCGGUAUGCGGGUGGGUAGUCGAGGUUCCCUUCACCAAUGUGGUUGUGU